CUAAACACGCAGUGUGCGGUCGUAUCGAACGCGCGCGAUCACGCUUGCGGCACUCCGGCCGGCGCGACGCAAAUUAAUACGACAAUUCGAAUUUUAAAUUCUAUAAUUUAAAAAAAAAUAUAUUUUUAUAUAAAAACUUUUUUGUGCUAAUACAAUUUAAAUUAAGAACAAAUAUUUAUUGACGUGUUUUAGUGUUUCUUUUUUAUUUGUGGUGUGAUAAACUAAUUCAAAAUGGUGAACAAAGCGUAUAACGUAAAUUCUCCGACUGAAGAAAAAAAAGGAAGCAAACAUCACCAAGUGAUAAUGUCCAUUAUUGUAUGCCUGCCAAUCGUCGCGUACGGCACAGCGAUGGGCUGGAUAUCACCCAACAAAGACCUUCUGACUGACGUCAACAACAGCCCUUCCCCAAAACCCAUCACGGAAGAAGACAUCUCUUGGAUGGCCUCCAUCAUGUUCAUAUUUGCACCCAUAGCAGUUUUCAUCUACGGCAGUGCUGCGGAUAGGUUCGGAAGAAAGAAGGCGUUGCUGUGCUGUUCUGUGCCUAUAGCACUCGGCUGGCUAGUAAAGAUCAUCUGGGCCCAUCCGAUAUCGUACAUCGCUGCGCGCGGCCUCAUCGGCUUCGGAGCAGGAGGCGCGUUUGUCGUCUGCCCUCUCUACGUAAAAGAGAUCAGCGAAGACAGCAUCAGAGGGAUGACUGGCACCUUCGUUAUAUUCUCUCAAACCCUCGGAAACCUGUUCAUCUUCAUCCUUGGAGAUCUAUUGGACUUCCACAUUGGCCUCUGGAUCCUGCUGGCCAUCCCUCUGAUCCACUUCUGCAUCAUGCUGCGACUCCCGGAGACACCAUCGUACCUCGUCAAGUGCGGUAAAACUGAGGAAGUAGCCAAGGUGGUAGGGUGGUUGCGGUCCCUCCCGCACGACCACAAACUAGUAAUGGAAGAGGUAGACCGCAUCACAAUUGAACAAACCACCAGCGAGCCGAAAUUCUCGCCAAAACUUCUCUUUUCACAACGCAUCACAAUCAAGGCAUUCUCAGUCGCCUUGCUCGUGAACCUGGCCAGGGAGUUCUGCGGGUGCAUCGCCGUCUUGGUGUAUGCGAGCCACAUCUUCUCUGAAGCUAGCAAGGACCCUAAUACCAGCAUCGCCCUGUCUCCAAACAAACAGUCGAUAGCCCUCGCGUGUGUUCAAAUCGUCGGGUCAGUGCUAGCUGGUCAACUUGUGGACCGGGCUGGAAGAAAGCCUCUCCUGGCCGUGACGAGCUGCGUGGCCGGGUUCAGCAUGGCGCUCCUCGGCGUCUGGUUCUACCUGCAAAGCAUCAGCGUGUCAAUGCCAGGUUGGGUGCCCAUCGUGGCGCUCUGCACCACCAUCUUCUCUGAUGCUGCUGGUCUACAACCCUUGCCUUUCGUUAUUAUGACGGAGAUGUUUAGCUUCCAGCUCCGAGGAACCGUGGCAACACUCAUCAUGGCCAUAUCACUAGCCACCGACUUCGCUCUGCUCAAACUCUUCGCACCUCUAAACGCCAUGAUUGGUCUUCACUCCACAUUCUGGAUUUUCAGCGUCGUAUGCCUCUCUAACGUAUUUUACCUCAUCUUCUGCGUCCCUGAAACUAAAAAGAGGAAUCUAGAAGACAUCUACGCGGAUUUAGAAGGAAAGAAGAGGAAACAGAAGGAAGUUAAAGAAGACGUCGAGACUAGCCCGGUUUAGGUUGAUAGUUUUAUUUGUUUUGUACCAGUUUCGUGUUGGAGUGGACUAAAGACAUUAUUAUUGACGAUGGCAAAUGAAGAGCGCAAAAAAACGGCCUAACUGAAACUAUUAACCAGUGAUGUCAUUUGAUGAGGAAACUAAAUAUUCAUAGAAUCCAGUGCUUAUUAGAGAUGUGAACAAAGUGAAAGAAUUACUCUAAAAAACUGGAUCUUUACAAAUGAUUAUCCCAUUGUUUAAUUGCGAUAAGACUGUAUUAAAGCAAUUUCCAAAGUA